CAUGAAACUGCCUAGAAAAGCAUGCCCCCUCCCGCUUUCUCUGCCGACUUGGACAUUGCAAGCUUGCAAAUCUAGCAUAGCCAAUAUGUCACUUGUUCAGAUCCAAUGGUCUAUCGACAACACCAUCUUUAAGAGUGGAGAGGUUCUUCUGAAGCUAUUCAAGGCUGCUCGCGAUGAUGAUGUUCAAGGUUCAGCCAUUAUGGCCUUGGAAGCCCUUGGCUCCAGUUUGAUGGUUUGUCCCGACAGGCUCGACCAGGCUACAGCUGCUCUGGCCAAUACCAGCCGGUUUCAGGUCCUCCAAGACACGCUAGUUACUAUCGGCCUUACCUCUGGGGGAGUGGCCUAUUUCGUCCGGAAGACUGCGACGCAAGCUAUUCCAGUCUUUGCCCUCGCUACAAGCUUGAAAGCCUUCUUUGGGGAUGAAGUCAUUGGCCAUAUUCUCCAUGAGAUGCUGGCAUGCCGCGGCCUGAACAGGAAGCCAGACCUCAGAUGCUCUAGAGACCAGCUGAGCAGGGUUGUAGCCUCGUUAUCAGGCUACACAGACAGCAUCAUACCCAACACCACUGUAAAGAAGCUGGUCAAUACCCUUCGGCAUCGCUCAAAUCCCGGAGUGGACUGGCUGACAGAUGCUUGGGCGCAACCGUCCCCCAAAGAGUUAGCCACCAUAUAUUCAGCGGUGUAUGCCGCUUUGCAAAAAGAGGACGUUGACCUAGUUACCUUGACGGGUCACUUUGGCUGUGUCAUUGUAUGCUCAACCUUGCUGUGGCUUCAAGAAGACGAUGCUCAACUUGUAGUUGAUGGUCAGGUUUUUAUCCCUUCGCGAACCAUUCCACCAAAAAUAUCUAUCCAGCUCUCAACCAAACGCUCAUCUCAGAAGGCCUCUUGGAUUGUUCAAGAGUGGAGCGAGGCAACAGCCAUAUCCACCCUACUAGUGGAAGACGCAGGCUCCCCAGGUCGAUUGUCGCGUUUUCCGAGUUUUGCCCCUGCCAGCACGGCAAAGGAGAUUCUCAGAGCCCAGUACCAGCUGUCAGAGUCGCAAACAGCCCAGGUGGGUAAAAUCGCGACCGCCUUAGUACUUGUGGCAAUGGAAAGGGGACUGGUGACGCUUUCUCCGAAAGUCGAAGGGCAAAUCCCUCGUGAGGUCAAGCUCAAAGCCUUCUGUCAGACAUCAUAUCUUGCUAAGGUGGAUGAAUCCAUGACUUGCUACGGAUGGGACAAGGGUGAGCUAAGUGAAGGCGCUGAUAUGGCCAAUCAAAUCAAAGAGUGGACAGAGCAGGGAUUUCCAGGCCUUCCACUCGAUGAAAUCAAAGCUCCCCAUCCUCUGACACAGAAGCCUAUUGAUCGCAUUUCCUGGAUUGUCGAGUUUAUUAUCAACCAGUGGUAUACCAAGACAGGUGUCACCGAUAGUACAAUAGGGAGGGAAGUUUCGGAACCCGCCAUAUAUAUCGCCGCAGAGUCUUUGUAUACUUGCGUGUGCUCGCGCUUUCCUCAACAGCGUUUCUUCCGAGUCGGGACAUUUUCAUCAAUCACCUAUAAUGGUGCUGCGAUGAUGCAUUGGAUCAUCCGACAUGAAGGGCUUCGCGGCCGCACUGAUACUCCGGCACCAAUAGCAAAGCUGGUCUCUUACGUUGUGGAAUCUGUCAGUCUAGGGCAACUUCGAUGUGACUGCAUGGGCUCCCUCGUUCCAGGCGUCAGCAACAUGGAGUAUAUUGCCGAGUACUCAAACCUAACAUCUGAACAGACUGUCCACCGAAGUGAUCUGGCUUAUGCCAUGAAUGGCUAUGUCGCCUGGAUUCCGCAGCUACGGUCUAUCUCUACGCUCGAAAGAAGUGCCUUUGCUGUGGAAAUCUGUGCAGGCUACAUGAGAUACGCUGCGGUAGAAGGGGACCAAGGCUACAACAACCUUCUCAGAAUCCAAGCCGAUGAUUCUCUAGUUGAGUACAGCGAUGGGAAUAGUCAAGAGCUUCCUGCAACUCAUCUCAACCCAUUUGAUGUCAAGGGGAACUACGUCGGAUUGAAGCCAUUCACGGACACAGAGGGACUUCUGGUGAAGCAUUAUUGGAAUCAGGUCAGUAGGGUCCUUCACUUGAGAACAAAUGUUGUUCACCCACCGAGUGGAAGAGUUCGUCCCAUGGACUGGAUGGCCUCUAUAGAGGCUUUGGCGAGCGCUACGCAUUUGAGGACCAAUCCUAUGCCGAGUUUCGCAGAGGAGGCAAUGGCCCAAACUUGGAGAGCAGAAAACAUCUGGUCCACCAUAUGUACUGCUUCAGUGGCAUGUACAAGCCUCCCUGUAUCUUCAAAUGGUAUACCCGUGAGGUGUGUCAGCCAAACAUGGGGUAACGAAGAAUUGCGCUUCUUUCUCGCAGGAAUUGUGAGUCACCACAGAGUCUACGUUUGUCACGGGGAUGCUUCGAUGGUCAAAUGCAUUCAAACCGCGUUGGAGGGUGAGGCUGAUCUGGAUGGGCGGGCAAUGUGGUGGGACAAAUGGCCUGGAGCUUCAACGAAGGCGACGCCAUGGAUGAAUCCCAGCGUGGCUGAUCAGCUUGUAAACCCUGGAUGGUUCAUCUUGUCCUAAGCGUUUCAGAGGAGAUGUUUUCUGUGGGUGUAUAUAUCUAUAUAGCACUAUAGCAGUAGUGUUAAUACAAAUGAUGUUCUGCG